ACAGUUAAAGACGAAAUUUGUUACACACUAAAUUUCUUAUAUUAAAAUUUUGUACAGUUUCCAAUUUAGAAUUGUUGAUCAGCAAGAGGGUUGAACACAGAACCGAAAGCUUGAGGCUUGAGCAAAGAGAAGAGUAGUGAAUAUAUGGGGAUAGACUACUAUGAGAUUUUGGAGGUUGACAAGAAUGCCACAGAUGAAGAAUUGAAGAAAGCCUAUAGAAAGCUUGCAAUGAAAUGGCACCCUGAUAAGAAUCCAAACAAUAAGAAAGAGGCUGAGAUUAAAUUCAAACAGAUAUCUGAAGCCUACGAGGUUCUAAGUGAUCCUCAGAAGAGAGCAAUUUAUGAUCAGUAUGGAGAAGGUGGCCUUAAAGGUGGAAUGUCACCGCCGGAUGCAGGUUUUGCUUCAUUCUUCCAAACUGGGGAUGGCCCAGCAGCGUUUAGGUUCAAUCCCAGAAAUGCAAACAACAUAUUUGCAGAGGUGUUUGGGUGUUCAAGUCCAUUUGGAGGAACGGGAAUGGGGUUUGGCUGUGGUGGGAGAGGCACAGGCAUGAGGGGUGGAACAUGGGUGUCAAGGUCCUUUGGUGGAAUGUUUGGCAAUGACAUGUUUGGAGAAGGCAGGCACAUGAAUCAAGGUCCACGCCGCAAGGCACCUUCCAUUGAAAAUGCAUUACUUUGCAGCCUUGAGGAGCUCUAUAAGGGGACUACCAGAAAGAUGAAAAUCUCCAGGGAAGUUACACUCGCAAGCGGGAGAACUUUUCCUGUGGAGGAAAUUUUAAACAUUGAAAUCCAUCCGGGCUGGAAAAAGGGAACCAAAAUCACUUUCCCAGAGAAAGGAAAUCAGCAGCCAAAUGUCAUUGCUGCAGAUCUUGUGUUUAUUAUUGAUGAGAAACCUCACAGUGUGUUUACAAGAGAUGGUAAUGAUUUGGUUGUUACACAAAAGAUAUCACUUAGAGAAGCUGAAGCUCUAACAGGCUACACCAUCCAACUUACAACUCUAGAUGGCAGGGAUCUGAACAUUGCCAUAAACAAUGUGACUGAUCCAGAUUAUGAAGAAGUGAUCACCGGAGAAGGUAUGCCAAUUUCUAAAGAUCCUUCAAAGAAGGGUAACCUUAGGAUCAAAUUUAACAUCAAAUUUGCAGAUAUCGUUGAUGCCAGACAUGAAAGCCAAAGUUAAGAAAUUUGUGGCACCAUAAGAGAGCCAACCGUUGCAGACUGUAUCUACUAUCUAGUGUAUAAUAAUAGCCUUUCGUUUUGUUCCCGUUCUUCCCUUUCCUUUUCCUCCAUUUUUAGAUGGAUGUGACUUGUGUAGUUUCUGUAAUGCGUUAACAAUGUCAUUCACGCAAAAAAAAAAACCCGACAUCACUAGACUGAGGUAUAUUAUUUUGAAAACUACGGGUGACAAAGAGUACCUUUAUUGUUGUGGUUUCA